AUGGCCUUUCUGAUUCUAACUUCAAUUUUGGUAUCCCUUGUAUCAUUUAUCAUCUAUGUUAUUCUGGCAAGAAAGGAACGAUUCAGACUUCGAGGAAAAAUUGGAUUAUCUGGACCAGAGCCUCAUUGGCUUAUGGGAAAUUUAAAACAAAUUAUUGAGCGAAAAGCAAAACUAGGUUACGAUGAUUCUUAUGAUUGGUACAACAAGCUUCACAAACAAUUUGGCGAAACUUUUGGAAUCUACUUUGGCACCCAGCUCAACAUAAACAUUACCAAUGAGGAAGAUAUUAAAGAAGUUUUUAUCAAAAAUUUCUCGAAUUUUUCGGACAGAACUCCACCACCAAUUAUUGAAGAUAAUAAACUCAAAGAAUCGUUGCUCCAAAACACAUACGAAUCUGGAUGGAAGCAUACUCGAUCUGCAAUCGCUCCGAUUUUUUCAACGGGAAAAAUGAAGGCAAUGCAUGAGACAAUUCAUUCGAAAGUUGACCUGUUCCUGGAGAUUUUGAAGGAAAAAGCAAGCUCCGGGCAGAAAUGGGAUAUUUAUGACGAUUUCCAAGGUCUAACCCUAGAUGUGAUUGGAAAAUGUGCAUUUGCAAUUGAUAGUAAUUGCCAGAGAGAUAGAAAUGAUAUAUUCUAUGUGAACGCAAGAAAAUUUAUUACGAAUAUAGAUAUUCGACAUAGACAAAAUUUUAAAAAAGGUAGUCAAUGA